UGUGUGUUGUCCAGUCCAGUUCAAUGUGGGAUGCCAAGUUAAAACCAACUUCUUAACUUCUCUCCCUUUCUCCCCCUACUACAACAUACGCACUACGCCAGAAACAACAUCAAUAUCCGUUCAACUUGGCCAUGACACUCCACCGUUCAGGAUCGGAACCAGAAAGUAGCAGCACAAUCGCCAUGGCAGGUCUGCCAAUGGUAUCGGAAGCCCAUCACGGAGCUGUUCUUGCUUACCCUGUACAGACCAAUUCAUCGUCCCUUCUACAGCUCACCUUAUACCCUAUAACUUUAAAGUUUGAAGAGGUUGUUUACAAAGUCAGAUUGGACCAGAAAGGAUUUUGCUAUGGUGCAACAUCAAACUCUAGGGAGAAGACCAUUCUAAAUGGGGCGACAGGUAUGGUUUGCCCCGGAGAAAUACUAGCGAUGCUUGGCCCAUCAGGCAGUGGAAAAACUACUCUUCUUACCGCCCUUGGAGGACGUCAUACCGGUAAGCUAUCCGGCAAGAUCACAUAUAACAGUGAGCCUUUUUCUGGUUCCAUCAAACGCAGAACAGGAUUUGUUGAACAAUAUGAUGUCCUAUACCCUCAUCUCACUGUAACUGAAACUCUACUGUUCACCGCACUGCUACGGCUUCCCAAUAGCUUGACCAGGGAUGAGAAAGUUCAGCAUGUAGAGCGAGUUAUCGCUGAGUUGGGAUUAACUCGGUGUCGGAACAGCAUGAUUGGAGGCCCACUGUUUAGAGGGAUAUCAGGUGGGGAGAAGAAGAGGGUGAGCAUAGGCCAAGAAAUGCUGAUUAACCCAAGCUUACUACUUCUAGAUGAACCCACCUCAGGUUUGGACUCAACUACGGCUCAGCGGAUCCUCACGACCAUCAAACGACUAGCUAGCGGGGGAAGAACUGUGAUCACCACCAUUCACCAACCUUCGAGCCGUCUCUACCACAUGUUUGAUAAGGUGCUCUUACUCUCUGAGGGCUCUCCCAUCUACUAUGGUCCUGCAUCAACUGCUUUGGACUACUUCUCCUCUAUUGGUUUCUCCACAUCCAUCACUAUCAAUCCAGCUGAUCUCUUACUCGAUCUUGCAAAUGGAAUUCACCCCAAUUACAGUCAAACAAUCGAGCAAGGAGAUAGUACAGAACAAGAGCGGAAGGCAGUGAGAGAUGUUCUAAUCUCUGCUUAUGACAAGAACAUUUCAACAAGACUGAAAGCUGAAUUAUGCAGUUUGGAUGGCAAUAGCUACAAUUAUACAAAAGAUGCAUCCACAAGAAAAAAUGUAUGGUCACAGCAAUGGUGCACGAGCUGGUGGCAUCAAUUCAAGGUGCUGCUCCUGAGGGGUUUGAGGGAGCGAAGAUAUGAUGCCUUCAACAGGCUAAGAAUCUUCCAAGUCAUAAGUGUUGCCGUACUUGGUGGACUCCUAUGGUGGCACACCCCAACAUCCCAUAUUGAAGAUCGAAUUGCCAUGAUUUUCUUCUUUUCUGUGUUCUGGGGCUUCUACCCUCUAUACAAUGCCGUUUUCACAUUCCCCCAGGAAAGAAGAAUGCUAAUCAAGGAACGUUCAUCAGGAAUGUACCGCCUCUCCUCCUACUUUUUAGCCAGGACUUUUGGAGACAUGCCCCUGGAGCUUGCACUGCCAACUGCAUUUACUUUCAUACUCUAUUGGAUGGGCGGGCUUAAACCCAAUCCUGUGACUUUCAUCCUGUCCCUUCUUGUUGUCCUUUACAAUGUCCUUGUUGCACAAAGUCUUGGCUUAGCUUUCGGUGCCAUACUCAUGGACGUAAAACAAGCCACUACUUUAGCCUCAGUUACAACCCUUGUCUUCCUCAUUGCUGGAGGGUACUAUAUUCAACAAAUUCCCGCCUUCAUAGUCUGGUUGAAGUACUUGAGCUACAGCUACUACUGCUACAAACUCCUUCUCGGGGUUCAGUACAAUGAAAAUGAUUACUAUGAAUGCGCAAAAGGAGUCUACUGUCGGAUUGCAGAUUUUCCAGCCGUCAAAUCAGUGGGUCUGAACAAUUUGUGGAUAGAUGUGUCCAUAAUGGCCAUGAUGUUGGUGGCCUAUAGGCUUGUUGCUUAUCUGGCCUUGCACCGUGUGUGAUGAAGUUUUGCACAAUAGAGAGAGACAGAAGGAUGGGGUGCAGGGAGAAGAUGAUGAUACAGAGGAAGUCUGACACAGACAAUUUCAUUGAAGAUACAGUUUGAAGAGUUUUCUAUUUCUUCAACUGAGGAAUAAUAUUAGAUUUAGAAGAUAAUAAUGUCACCAGAUUUUGAUCAUUUCCUCAUGACAGUUGGAUGUACUACCUUUUCAGUGAUAGUGGAGACAAUACUAACUAUCAAAAUUUUACU